ACACUGUAUCUUUCAUAAAGGUCGAAGCGAAAACGGGUGUCCGCACAAUCACGUUAAGCAUAUGUCUAGAAGAAUAAAGUCAGAUCAAACAGUGUUGCACUAAGAUACUGUUCUAACGAUUCAAAGCUUCAGAAAAACGCUUCUAGGACUUAAGCGGAAGCUUCUAGUGCCCCCGAGUUAGAGGUGGAGUUUGUUUGAUUUGCAAAUCUGUUGAAUGAAUUGGAUCCACAACCACCCCACAAGGAAAAGGGACAUUGGGAAAGUUGAAUUGAAGAGAAGGAUGCAGAAUGGAGAAGAUAGAAAAGAGGAUAUGGACAGGCUCAGUGAAUUGCCUGACUUAGUUUUGCUUCAUUUAAUGAAGUUUAUGAACAUGAAACAUGCUGUUCAAACUUGUGUCUUGUCUACAAGAUGGAGGGAACUUUGGAAAUGUCUCACUAAUUUGGCAUUUAAUUCCUCAGACUUUACCAAUCUUGCCCAUUUCAGCAAAUUUGUAUCUUGGGUUCUGUCUAAUCGGGACGCCUCAAUUUCCUUGCAUAGUGUAGAUUUGAGGCGUAAAGGAUGCAUCGAACACGAUCUUCUGGAUAGGAUUAUGGAAUAUGCUGUGUCACAUGAUGUUCAGCAGCUGACAAUUGAAGUUAAUUUAAAUGUUAAACUUGGUUUCAAGUUGUACCCUUGCAUUUUUUCGUGCGAGUCUUUGAAAUUUCUUAAGCUUUCAAUUUGGGCUGUUCCUUGGAUGACUGAACUUCCAAAUUCCCUGCAAUUGCCAGCAUUGACAAGCUUGCAUCUUGAGCAUGUCACAUUUACUGCAAAUGACAGUGAUUGUGCUGAGCCCUUUUCAUCUUGUCACAUGUUGAAUACUUUGGUCCUUGACCGUUGUAAUUUACACCACAAUACAAAAUUCCUCUGCAUUUCUAAUUCCAACCUUUCUAGUUUGACUAUAGGCAACACCAUUCAAGAAGCGACUUUCAAAAUUGUGCUUUCUACUCCAAAUCUAAGAUCUCUUUCGGUGAUGCGUGAUCCUAUCCACCAACUCUCUACAUGCAAUCUUUCUGUUCUUGAACAAGUAAAUAUUGAUGUUGAAGCCUAUUUUCAUACUCAUUUUGAGAAGACACAUUUAGCCCUAAUUACUUUGCUGCAACUGCUUGCUGAUUAUGUAAAGAUACUGAUACUCUCUUCAAGCACCCUUAAGAUUCUAAAUGUUCUCUCAACUCCAGGUUCAAUGAUAACUCAAAUUCCUUGCUUUGUUCAGUUGAAAUCAGUGAAAUUAAUAAUGAAACCUUCUUCAAAUAUAUCUGAUGAGGGAGUAAGCCGAAUAGUAGAUUACUUACUUCAAAAAUCCCCAGGGGCCAAAGUUGAUAUUAUAAAUUGCUUAGAGUGAUAUACACAUAUAACACUUCAGGUAGAGAUUUUUAUGUAUUCCUUCUCUUCCUAAUACACUCUUAGUCUCUUCUCAUAGUCACAGAAAAUUGUAGGCUGCUUUAUUAUGAGCUCCUUGUUUAUCCCCUUAUAGACAUUUCCUUGUUAUUUGGCUUUGGCAGACGAAAAUUUUAAGGAACUAUCACUCUGGGGAACAUUGUGUUUGAAACAUACUCGUUCUUACUCUUGAAGUUGUUCCGGUUUUCCUUAUGCCAAGACUAAGGAUAGGGAAAAUUAAGUGACUAUUAAAGUAUUGUUUUAACCCCUGAGAGUUUAUGGAUGGAUGAGGCAAAUGUUUAAAUUGCUUUGAGUAUUGGCAGAUUACAGGGAUUGCGUCAGGAAAUGAAGCUUUCAUUUGGGUGCUUGCUAAAUGACAACAAAUACUAUUGAUUGGAAACUGAUCUUAGAAAGUUUUUGUUAUAAUUAUGGUAAUUUUGAUGAUCCUUGAAGAACAGAAGUGCAGAAGAAGAAAAAGGCACCUACUAGAUUGAAGACUCUGAAGUCUAUGUAUGUUGGUGUCAUAUGCCGCAUAUCAUUUGUCAAGUUUCAAUUCAUGAAGAUGGAUCAAAUAGUAUUUUUUCAGUGAUUAAGGCUAAGAAUCACUUUUGGGCACCAUUAUGUUCAAUUUCACAUCUGAAUAUUUUAUGUUUAGUUUUAGGGCAGAUCUAGAUACAGUUAUUUUGGGAAGCAUUUCAGAAUGAUCUAUAGGGAGUUUUUCAAAAUAGACAAAAAAUAAAGGAAAUUUGUUUUAAUAUUUAAGCAAACGUAAUAAAAUCCUUACAGUUUCAAGGGUUAUGUGUUGCAAUUUUGUUAUUAGAAAGUUGGUAACUUAUAGUAGUUGGGUAAGCAUUACAAGAUUCAACUAUGAUCAGUG